AAAAGAAAAGUUGAUCAGAAAGGAGAGAAAUUAUGGUAAGGAAAGUGGAAAUGAAACUGCAGUUCCAAAAUCUCAAGAACAGCUAACAGUCUUCCUUUUUUUUUUUUUGAACCUUCCACAAAAGAAAAUGAGAAAGAAAGAAGAACAUAAAGUGGCGGUUCAUUAGCCAUCGAACUAACAAAUUCCCUCUUCUAUUUAUACACCUAACCCAUCUCACCAACUACGAUAGAGUAUAGACCCACUUCAAUCGGACCACUCUUUCACUUCUCUGUUUACCCAUCAAAGCAACGCCACCGAGCUACCAAAACAUGACUCUCGGCAGUGUCCCGUUCACUACUGCGGAUCUUCAAAUUGCCGAUGGAGGUCGAAGAAAUUCUACGUUAAUCUGUGCUCCAGUAAUGGCAAAAUCAGUUGACGGAAUGCUGGUUCAAAUAAAUAAGGCCAAGGAACUUGGGGCUGACCUUGUUGAAAUUCGGGUGGAUUUCUUGGAAAAUUUUAGUCCUAUACAGGAUCUUGAAAUCCUGAUUAAGCAAAGUGCUUUACCAACUCUUAUCACUUAUAGACCAAAAUGGGAAGGUGGUGAAUAUGAUGGUGAUGAAAGCAAGCGUCAAGAAGCAUUGCGUCUGGCCAUAGAAUUGGGAUCAGAUUUUAUUGAUGUUGAACUAAAGGUAGCUCCUGAGUUCUUCAAUUCCAUUCAAGGAAAGAAGCCUGAAAAGGUGAAGAUUAUUGUAUCUUCUCACAAUUAUGAAAAUACUCCAUCUGUAGAGGAAAUUGCCAACCUUGUUGCUAAGAUACAGUCUACUGGAGCUGACAUAGUGAAGGUAGCAACUACAGCUUUAGACAUCACAGAUAAUGCACGGAUGUUUCAAGUACUUGUACAUGCACAGGUGCCAAUGAUAGGAAUUGUUAUGGCUGAAAGAGGUUUGAUGUCACGGAUACUUGCUGCAAAAUUCGGAGGAUUUCUCACUUUUGGUUCAAUUGAGGCAGGAGUAGUUUCUGCUCCUGGGCAACCAACUAUUACAGACUUAUUGGACCUAUAUAAUCUUAGACAGAUUGGAGCUGAUACCAAAGUACAUGGCGUCAUUGGAAAUCCCAUUGGUCAUAGCAAAAGUCCUCACCUCUACAAUUCAGCAUUUAAGUCAGUUCGAUUUAAUGGAAUUUAUCUCCCUCUUUUGGUUGACAAUGUUGCAAAUUAUAUAUCCACAUAUUCAUCUUCAGACUUUGUCGGAUACAGCUAUACAAUUCCUCACAAGGAAGCUGGACUUAAGUGCUGUGAUGAGGUUGAUCCAAUUGCUCAGGCAAUCGGAGCUAUUAGUUGCAUGAUCCGGAGACCAAGUGACGGCAAGCUAAUGGGAUAUAAUGUUGACUACCUUGGAGCUAUAGGAGCUAUAGAAGAAGCACUACGAGCAUCUAAUGGUACCCCUGCUUCUGGUUCUCCCCUGGCUGGCAAACUCUUUGUUGUCAUGGGAGCUGGUGGAGCUGGAAAGGCCCUUGCUUAUGGUGGAUACGAGAAGGGAGCAAGAGUUGUUGUUGCCAAUCGCUCAUUUGACAAAGCCAAAGAACUUGCCAGUAAAGUUGGAGGACAAGCGAUGACUCUAGCUGAACUGAAAGAUUUCCAUCCAGAAGAAGGAAUGAUUCUUGCAAACACCACUUCAGUUGGAAUGAAACCAAGAAUUGAUGAUACUCCCCUUCCUAAGGAAGCUUUGAAACACUACUCCUUGGUCUUUGAUGCAAUUUAUACACCAAAAUUGACCAGGCUCUUAAGAGAAGCACAGGAAUGUGGGGCCACUACUGUUUACGGGACAGAGAUGUUCAUCAAUCAAGCAUUUGUACAGUUUGAAAGAUUCACUGGUUUGCCUGCACCAAAACAACUGAUCAGGGAUGUGCUGGCAAAAAAUACAUAGGAAGGAAUAGUUUUUUUCCAAGUGAAUCUCUUGCAGCAGAAUCCAUGUUUUGCCAUUACAACUAAAUUCAUUUCAUUGUCUGAGACGUGUAAUCAGCUGUUUCUAUUGUUCUGUUAUUUCAAUAAGUUUCUGUUUCUCUGAUGGAAGAACUUGUAAAACUGAAACUUGAUAAUUGUCAAUCUCAUCCCAGGCUGCUUAAGAUGUUGUUGUAGGAAAUUUAGUAUGGUGAGAAAAAGAUUCAUGUAGGCAACCCAAAUUUCAAUUACCACAAUUUUAAUGAAGUUUUUAGUGUUAUUGAAA